UGUACACAUCAUGACGUAGAAAGACAAAAUUGCAUAAUGCAUGAGCGUUAAAACGUAUGCCAUGCGUUUUUUUUUGUAAAUCGACCUCCGAGUCAAAAUGGCCGACGCCACAGCACGCUCGUUGCAAUACGAGUACAAAGCGAACUCCAAUCUUGUACUUCAAGUUGAUCGCUCGUUGAUCGAGCGCCGAGGUCGCGAUGAAGCCACAGGUGAGGUCAUGUCCCUUGUGGGCAAACUGGUGGGAAGUAAGAUGGGCGACCGAGCUCAAAGAACAAAACCUCCGAUGCAGGAAGAGAGAAAGAUUAAGCGACAGAAACGUGACGAUGCCCGCUACGACAUGAACAAGUUCAAAGGUCAAACUUUACUGUCCCAGGGCAUAGAGGACAUGGUUGGGAUUUACUACAGACCAAAGACUCAGGAAACAAGGAAUACAUACGAGGCGUUGCUGAGUUUCAUUCAGGCUGCCAUUGGGGAUCAGCCACGAGAUAUCCUAUGCGGAGCAGCUGACGAGGUAUUAGCAACCCUCAAGAAUGAGCACAGCAAGAACAAGGACAAGAAGAAGGAACUGGAAAUGUUGUUGGGAUCCUUGGCUGAGGAAAGAUUCGCCUUGCUUGUCAAUCUGGGCAAGAAAAUAACAGACUAUGGAUCGGAGAAAGAAAAGAAAGCUAUUGAGGAGGAGGGAAUCGAUGAAACAUUCGGAGUUAACGUUCAGUUUGAGGCUUCAGAAGAUGAUGAUGACCCCGACGACUGUGGAGAGGUCAAAAAUGAAGAGUCUGAGGAUGAUGAUGAUGAAGGAGGAAUGGACACCGGUUAUGGUGGUACCUUGUCCACAAGUCUUGGUGGCAGUGAGGCAGCCAUGGGUAAGUCCAAGAAGGAUCUUCACCCACGGGACAUUGACGCCUUCUGGCUCCAGAGACAACUCAGUAAGUUCUACGACGACCCCAACGUGUCUCAAGCACGCUCCUCAGAGGUCCUGGACAUACUGAAGAAAGCCGCAGACGACGGACAAGUUGAGAAUCAGCUGGUGAUGCUACUCGGCACGAACCAGUUUGAUUUCAUCAAGGUGCUGAGACAACAUCGAAAAAUGAUCCUGUAUUGCACCUUACUGAGCCGCGCCCAAGAUGCCACCGAGAAACAGCGAAUCGAAGACAAGAUGAAGUUUGACCCCACCCUCGCCCCGAUCCUCCAAGCCCUGACCGAGACAGACAAGGAAGACAUCAUCAAGGAGGAGAGAGCGAGGCGUGCAGCUGCGAGGCAGUCCAAGGUGGAUGCAGACCUGGAUGCCAUGGAAACAGACGAACCGGAAAAUGUAUUACAGCCAACAGAGAUGCUUGAUAUAGACGACCUUGUCUUCGCUCAAGGAGGUCAUCUCAUGGCCAAUAAGAGAUGUCAACUCCCUGAUGGCUCGUUCCGUAAACAACGCAAGGGAUACGAGGAGGUCCACGUUCCUGCACUCAAACCCAAACCGUUUGACGACGCUGAGUCAUUAGUCCCGAUAGAGAGACUUCCCAAGUACGCUCAGCCGGCCUUUGAAGGUUUUAAGAGCUUGAACAGGAUUCAGAGCAGAUUGUACAAGUCAGCGCUAGAAAGUGAUGAGAAUCUACUGCUCUGUGCCCCAACGGGAGCCGGUAAGACCAACGUAGCUCUGUUGACAAUCCUGAGAGAGAUUGGAAAAAACAUCAACCUGGACGGCACCAUCAAUACGGAUGUCUUCAAGAUCAUCUACAUUGCUCCCAUGAGAUCCCUGGUACAGGAGAUGGUGGGAAACUUCAAGAAGCGCCUUGACUCGUACGGCAUCACUGUCUCCGAGUUGACCGGUGACCACCAGCUGUCCAAAGACCAAAUCCACGGUACACAGAUCAUCGUUUGUACUCCGGAGAAAUGGGACAUCAUCACGCGCAAAGGCGGAGAGAAGACAUACACACAGCUUGUGCGGCUCAUCAUCAUUGAUGAGAUCCAUCUUCUGCAUGACGAUAGAGGUCCAGUGCUGGAGGCUGUCAUAGCAAGAACAAUCCGCAAUAUUGAAACAUCUCAAGAAGAUGUACGCCUCGUCGGUUUGUCCGCCACGCUCCCCAACUACCAAGACGUAGCUACGUUCCUGCGUGUCAAGCCGGAGAAGGGGCUGUUCUUCUUUGACAACAGCUUCCGCCCCGUGCCGCUGGAACAGCAGUACAUCGGUAUCACAGAGAAGAAAGCCAUUAAGAGAUUUCAGUUGAUGAACGAGAUUGUGUAUGAGAAGGUGAUGGAACACGCCGGCAAGAAUCAGGUCUUGGUGUUCGUCCAUUCUCGUAAGGAGACGGGGAAGACGGCUAGAGCUAUCCGAGACAUGUGUUUGGAGCACGACACGCUCGGUCAGUUUCUACGUGAAGGGUCGGCGUCCACCGAAGUACUCCGGACAGAGGCUGAACAGGCCGAGAACCUGGAGUUGAAAGACCUCCUGCCGUAUGGUUUUGCCAUCCAUCACGCCGGUAUGAAUCGUGUAGAUCGAGCCUUGGUGGAGGAUCUGUUUGCUGAUCGUCACAUUCAGGUGCUUUGUUCAACGGCAACGCUGGCCUGGGGUGUUAACCUGCCGGCGCAUACAGUCAUCAUCAAAGGAACACAGAUCUACAAUCCAGAGAAGGGGCGUUGGAUCGAGCUGGGUCCAUUGGACGUACUCCAGAUGUUGGGGCGUGCAGGGCGCCCUCAAUACGAUACAAAGGGAGAGGGUAUUCUAAUAACAGGCCACAGUGAGCUUCAGUAUUAUCUGUCUCUCCAGAAUCAGCAGCUUCCUGUUGAGAGUCAAUUUGUGAGCAAGCUCGGCGACAACCUCAACGCCGAAGUCGUCCUCGGCAACAUCCAGACGAUGAAGGAUGCCGUCACCUGGCUCGGUUACACCUACCUGUACAUCCGCAUGAUGCGCAACCCAACCCUCUACGGGAUACCGGUCGACGGCAAGGAUUCCGAUCCGUACCUGGAGAGCCAUCGGAUUAAUCUGAUCCACACAGCGGCGUGCCAACUGGAUAAGAACAACCUGGCCAAGUACGAGAGGAAAUCCGGACAUUUCCAGGUGACCGAGUUGGGUCGCAUUGCCAGCCACUACUACUGCACCAACGACUCCAUCUCAACCUACAACAGUCUCCUGAAACCAACCCUGAGUGAGAUAGACUUGUUCAGGGUCUUCUCUCUCUCUAGUGAGUUCAGGAACAUGGUCGUCAGAGAGGAAGAGAAGCUUGAGCUGACUAAACUGCUGGAGAGAGUUCCAAUUCCCAUCAAAGAGAGUAUUGAAGAACCCAGUGCAAAGGUAAACGUCUUGCUCCAAGCAUACAUAUCUCAGCUCAAACUGGACGGAUUCGCUCUGGUGUCUGACAUGGUCUACAUCACACAGUCUGCUGGCAGGCUGAUCAGAGCCAUCUUUGAGAUUGUUCUUCACAGAGGUUGGGCACAACUGACAGACAAAACCAUGUCACUGGCUAAGAUGAUUGACAAACGAAUGUGGCAGUCGAUGAACCCACUGAGACAAUUCCGCAAGAUUCCCGAGGAGGUCGUACGAAAGAUCGAGAAGAAGAACUUCCCCUGGGAGCGAUUCUACGACCUGGGCCCCAACGAGAUCGGUGAGCUCAUCCGCAUGCCCAAGAUGGGCAAGACGCUGCACAAGUACGUCCAUCAGUUUCCCAAGCUUGAGCUGGCCACCCACAUUCAACCGAUCACCAGGAGCACGCUAAGGGUCGAGCUGACCAUCACACCAGACUUCCAGUGGGAAGAAAAGGUUCAUGGCAAUUCAGAGGCAUUCUGGAUCUUGGUUGAGGAUGUGGACAGUGAAAUCAUCUUACAUCAUGAAUACUUCUUAUUGAAGGGCAAGUUUGCUCAGGACGAGCACGUCGUCAAGUUCUUCGUUCCUGUCUUUGAGCCGCUACCCCCUCAGUAUUUUAUCCGUGUCGUAUCAGAUAGAUGGAUCGCGUCCGAGACACAGCUGCCAGUUUCUUUCCGUCACCUCAUCCUCCCCGAGAAGAACCCUCCACCAACGGAGCUUCUUGACCUUCAAGCCCUUCCCGUCUCCGCCCUGAGGAACACCGCUUUUGAGACGUUGUACAACAGUAAAUUUUCUGUCUUCAACCCCAUACAGACUCAAGUUUUCAACGCUGUAUACAACGGAGACGAGAACGUGUUUGUGGGUGCACCCACAGGGAGUGGCAAGACGAUCAUCGCAGAGUUUGCCAUCUUGAGAAUGUUGUCUCAGUCGGCGGAAGGUCGAUGUGUCUUUGUGACUCCCCUGGAAGCCUUGGCUGAACAGGUUUACGCUGAAUGGCACGCCAAGUUCCAAAUGCAGCUAGGCAAGAGGGUGGUCCUACUGACCGGAGAGACAAGCACGGACUUGAAGCUCCUGGCAAAGGGCAACAUCGUCAUCAGCACGCCAGAGAAAUGGGAUGUUUUGUCACGACGAUGGAAGCAGCGCAAGAAUGUUCAGAAUGUACAUCUGUUCAUCGUGGAUGAGUUGCAUCUUAUUGGUGGCGACAAUGGGCCGGUUCUGGAAGUCAUCUGCUCCCGGAUGCGGUACAUCUCCUCCCAGAUUGAGCGCAACAUCCGCCUGCUCGCGUUCAGCUCCUCCUUGGCCAACGCUAAGGACGUAGCCCAGUGGCUAGGAGCAAGCACCACUAACACCUUCAACUUCCAUCCUAACGUCAGACCGGUUCCACUGGAGAUGCACAUUCAGGGCUUCAACAUCACCCACACUGCCUCCCGUCUCAUCGCUAUGGUCAAACCGACCUACAACGCCAUCCUGAAAUACUCGCCCAACAAACCUGUCAUCGUCUUUGUGCCAUCACGUAAGCAGACCAAGCUGACGGCCAUCGAUCUCCUGACAUACGCCUCAGCCGAGGACACAGAGGACAGUCGCUUCUUACAUGUAGCUAAGGAGGACCUCGCCGGCCACCUCAGCAAGGUCAACGAUGAGACGCUUUGUGAGAUGCUGGAAAACGGCAUUGCCUACCUCCACGAGGGUCUGUCGGACAUGGAGAAGAAGGUCGUGGAGCAACUCUACACCUCUGGUGCCAUCCAGAUCGUCGUCGCUGCCAGGAACAUGUGCUGGGGUAUGACCUUCCCCGCCCACCUGGUGGUCGUCAUGGAUACGCAAUACUACAAUGGAAAGAUACACACGUAUGUAGAUUACCCUGUGACUGAUGUCCUACAGAUGGUUGGACGAGCGAACAGACCUGACAUUGAACAUGAAGUUGGCAAGUGCGUCAUCCUGUGUCAAGGUUCUAAGAAAGACUUCUACAAGAAGUUUCUGUACGAGCCCCUUCCAGUCGAGUCUCAUCUGGACCAUUGUCUUCAUGAUCAUUUCAACGCUGAGGUGGUUACCAAGACGAUAGAAAACAAACAGGAUGCAGUGGACUAUCUGACCUGGACGUUCCUCUACAGGCGUAAGACGCAGAAUCCAAACUACUACAACCUGCAAGGAGUAACCCAUCGUCAUCUCUCCGACCACCUCUCGGAGUUGGUGGAGAACACCCUUCAGGAUCUUCAGCAAUCCAAGUGUGUCAGCAUCGAGGACGAGAUGGAUAUCUCCCCGCUCAAUCUGGGCAUGAUCGCCGCUUACUACUACAUCAACUACACCACCAUCGAGCUCUUCAGCAUGUCGCUCAAUAACAAGACCAAGAUUAAGGGAUUAAUUGAGAUUAUCUCCUCGGCGGCCGAGUACGAGCAGAUCCCGAUCAGACAUCAUGAGGACUCCGUCAUGAAACAACUUGCCAGCAGAGUGCCCAACAAGCUCGCUAAUGCUCGCUUCAACGACCCUCAUGUCAAGACCAACCUGCUGGUCCAGGCUCACCUUGGUCGCAUGCAGCUAUCAGCCGAGCUCCAGUCAGAUACAGAAGAGAUCCUCAGCAAGGCACUGAGGUUGAUUCAAGCUUGCGUUGACGUCCUCUCUAGUAACGGCUGGUUAUCCCCAGCGUUGGCAGCGAUGGAGUUAGCUCAGAUGGUCACUCAAUCCAUGUGGAAUAAAGACUCCUACCUCAAGCAGCUUCCUCACUUCACAGCAGAUCUCAUUAAGAACUGCACUGAUAAGGGUGUUGAGAGCAUUUUUGACAUCAUGGAGAUGGAAGAUGACGAUCGUAACACACUCCUUCAACUCGCUGACGCCCAGAUGGCAGACGUGGCUCGGUUCUGCAAUCGCUAUCCUAACAUUGAACUGACGUAUGAAGUGCAGGAUAAAGACAGUCUGGAGAGUGGCUCUCCCGUUGUGGUCAACGUAAUUCUGGAAAGAGAAGAUGAAGUAACUGGACCGGUUGUAGCUCCGUUCUUCCCCCAGAAACGAGAAGAAGGUUGGUGGGUGGUCAUCGGCGACACCAAGACCAACAGUCUGAUCUCCAUCAAGCGUUUGACCCUCCAGCACAAGGCCAAGGUCAAGCUGGACUUUGUGGCUCCGUCCCCUGGCGUUCACAACUACACCAUCUACUACAUGAGCGACGCCUACAUGGGAUGCGAUCAAGAGUACAAGUUCAGCAUCGAGAUCAGAGAAGCAAGAGACUCUAGCAGCGAAGAUAGCGAUGAGGACAGCUCGGAUGAGGAAUAGGCGCUGCGCGUAUAGUUUUGUGGUGUCCUGCGAGGGCGCUGUUGUCAAGCGAGAGUGCUGUUGUCUUGCGCUUAUAGGAUGCAUCCAAAACUACCAGAAGUUCUGGCGGUGAGGACAGCAACGAAGAGAGUUCAGAUGACAAGGCGUUGCGCAUAUGUUUUUAGUGGUGUCCUGUGAGGGCGCUGUUGUCAUAGGCAUACAGGAUGCAUGAAAGUAUUGGAUCAACCGGAAGUUCUUCUAUUGAAUACGUUGAUGAGCCCUGUAGAUGCUGCAGGUAUUUUUGUUGAGACAUGAGGGCGCUGUUUUAGACACAGACCUUGAACAUACGUGUAAACUGCAGUGUUUUUUGUGUGACUAAUAGUUGUUUAUCUUGGAAUGACCUUUGUAAAUAGAAUGAAUUUGAAACGGCGGUGUAAAUAAACUUUACCUAAGUCCUUCUGUGUGGUUAUAACACCCUGUCCUUAAAAUAGAAAGGCAGCAACAAUCUUGUAAUUUUAAUGGUCGGAGGCAUAAAGCAAGUCUCUUGUUGCUCUAUCAGGGUGGUGAAGUUGGAAAUGCAAGAUGUAAAAAUUCAAUGUGCCUCGGUUAAUUUACCAUGAAAAAAACAUUGCAGUGGAAGUCUGCUACCCAGUCUUGGCGACAAGUAUUAUCAGGGUUCUUUUUAGUAAAGGGCACAGACUAUAAUAAAAGCUUGUAAAAUGAGCUCAUGACAUUCCUGUGAUUGUGAAGUUCUGUAAAUAGUAUUAAAGUGUCAUCCUUUUUAUUGGAAAGAUUUGUCAUAGUUGCAUGGUAAAUAAAGAUAAAUAAAGAGUCCAUCUUGGGAAGGUGUGUUGGUUUCAGAAAGAGGCCAAGUUUUUGUUGAUUUCAUUGGAGAUGUAACAAUGCUAAAAGUGGCAGCAGACAGUUUCAUAGUAUAUCUAAUGCUUGAAAUCUGACAUGAAAAUUUGUUCUUGGGUUGAAAAAGAGGAAAAUGCCGAGCACAAUUUAGUGUAUAGUGUUUUUUAGUCGUCACUGGCACUAAACAUGUGAUGAAAUUCCCUGAAUAUUUGCAAUUUUGUAGAAUAAGAACAUUUACGUUUAAUAAAUAGUGUACCGAUGGAAUCAUUUCACAGAAGACUCUUUAUCAUGACAUUUAUUGUAAACAAUAUGGAAUACAUUCCUACAACACUUUCAGUUAACAAAACAAAAAGAAAGACACUAAUUCCGAGAAGGAUUGGAAUAGCCGCCUUGAGAAAAGAUAAGUACAGUAGUAGGACUUAAAGUCCUCAGAUGCAAGCUUUCAGUGUUUUCUUGUGGUUUUUAUUUAAGAGAAUAAUGGUCGGAUCUGAUUGAAGAAUAUUAGCCGUUGUAAAAUUUGUAUCUAUUUCUUUUGAUGGUCAAUUAAUUUCAGGAGGCUUGCCUGCCCAGGGGUUGAUUUCAUCGAGAUAGUCCUAAUAACUUAGGACUAGUCCUAUUUACUUAGAACUAGUCCUAGGACUCUUUAGGAGUUAUUAAAAACUGAAGUCUUAACUCUGUGUGAAAUCCACCCCAGGAAAUAUGUGGAUAUUAUACUAAAGA